GGUCCUAUGGAAUCAGUUCGACCCUAGGUUUCUGAGGAGCAGAGUCUCAUGCACGUAUAACAGCAAAAUUAAUUAUUUAUUUAAAUGAUAUUACAGCGCAGUAACAGCUCGAGUUGGGUGCCUCCAGAGAGGGACCCCAAACAAAGAAAUUCUGGGGUAAUUAUACCCUUUACAGUUUUGUUUUCCUGCCUGCUAGUGAAGGUCUCCUCCAAUCUUUUUACUGAGUCAGUGGCCUGUCUCCUCCUGAUUGGUGUCUGUCUCCUCCUGAUUGGUGUCUGUCUCCUCCUGAUUGGUGUCUGUCUCCUCCUGAUUGGUGUCUCACUCCUUCCGACAGGUCCUGGCCACAUCCUAGGCUGGUUGCCAUUGUUUCUCGCAGUCCCUUAUCUUCUCAAAGGUCAACCACAACCCAGGUGUAUCCCAUCUUGUCUCCUGCAUUCUACUUUGUAUCCUCAUUAACUAAUUUUGUAUCUUUGUUAGCUAGUUUUAAUUGGUUUUGCAGCUACAACGUUGGCCAUGUCACAUCAUCAGCAAUGUUUCUGGAGUGUGUUGACAGUUCAGCCUUGAGUCCUGCAGGCUUCAUCUACUUUAGGCACUUACGCUAAGCAAGAGUCAGACUUACGCUAAGGUGAAGCUAAAUUGGCUACAAUUUCCUUCUCCAACAGUCCUGAAGCUAAAUCAGUUACAAUUUCCUUCUCUAACAUUAUGGGGUCCAGAGAGCAAGGUGUGAAUCAGCAGGGAGCCCAAAGCCAGGAGGCGGGUGCGUCCUUGGCACAUGCUCUAGUGAUCCUGCAGGGUUUUUUCCCCUCCUGACCUUCGGGGAAUCUGUUGUCAGCGCACCUUGGUCCUCCUCGGCCCUGCCAUGAGUUGCCUGUAACCUCCGCACAGGCGACGUGCUGCUUCCCUGCUCCCGGGUCAGGGCUGGGGUUCAGGGCUGGUGGACAGAACGUGGCCUUCCUCCCGAAUCCGCGGUUGAGCGCAAGGCCGGUGAGCUGCAGGACAGACCCCAAGCAAAUCCCUGAGCCCCGAGAUGUACUGAAUCGCGGAUGCCCUCCAUCCUCCUGAGUACGUGAGUCCAGGGCAGGGUGGGACUGGCCUCCAGGCCUCUACUGUGACCGUACAGCGCCGCGCACCACGGGGAGCCGAUCCACAGCCAAAGCAGCGCCCUGCAGCUGUCGGUACCUGCAGCCGGGCAGGGCAGGCUGCCCUGACCCCUCCCUGAGCCAGCUGCUUGGCAGAUUCUUCCUUCAUGUUGGGGAAGUACAAGAAGAGCAAGAAGAAGGUGCUGAAGAAGAAGUGGCAGAGCCUAGAGGAGAGGAGCAACGCAGACACCCAGCAGAGGAGAGACGUCACACUCACCAGAUCCAGAACCUAUGACCCCUCCUUCUGCAAGGAGACUGAGAAGGAUGCAGCCACGGGCAAGCAGGCAGGCUCAUCCUCGUCUCUGAGCAAGCGCGCAGCAAGUUUCCGCAAGGUCUUCAAGGAGGUUGCCGAGAAGGAAGUGUUGCUGGGCUGUUUCUCCUGUGCCUGGCAGAAAGAAGUGCCCUAUCAUGGCCAUCUCUACAUCUCCUCCAGCUACGUCUGCUUCCACUCCAGCCUUCUGCUCAAAGACAUCAAGGCACUGGUCCCUGUCCCUUCCAUCUCCACCCUCAAGAAGACUAACACAGCACUCCUGGUCCCCAACGCACUCAGCAUCCGCACAGCUGAGGGAGAGAAGUUCCUCUUUGUGUCACUGCACCGGCGGGAGGCCACAUACCAGCUCCUGAAGUCGGUUUGCAAACACCUGCAGCAUAACAACUGGAAUGGCAGUCCUUCGGCCUCUCCCCUCAAUGGCAGCACCGAGCAAAUCCUUAAGGAAACUCUGGCCUCAAGCCAUUCCAACCUGGAGCAAAGCACUCUAGAGCUCAACAGCCUCCUAGAUCAGCCUGAUGGACCAAGCCUGAAGCCAAGCCUGGCUGAGGAGGCUGAUGUGCCUGCUCUGGGCAGAGGUAGAAGACAUGAGGCCAGCAGGGAUCCUGCUGUCACCUGGGCACUAGAAAACAAGACAAGCACUCCAGGGCCACACAGCACCUUUCCAAUGCCUUUUGGGGACAAGCUCAACCACCGCAUGCCUUCCACCCCAGGACUCCUCACCAAGAGUCCAGUGGUGCCUCAGCUCCCAGCCCUCCCUCUGCAUCCCCAACCCUGGCUCUGAGGCUCCAUCUCACAGCCCCAAGCAGCAGCAGGAGAAGCCAGCACAGCUCUGUCCCCACCACCUCUGCAGCAGGAGGAGGGGCAGGUUCCAGGCAUGGGCACCUUGCCAUCAGACCAUGGUGGUCUCCAGCCCACCCUCACUGCAGCUAGCCAGUGGCCCCAGUGGGGACCUGGGCCCAGGAGGCUGUUGGCACGAGGGGGCCUGUUGCAGGGCAGGGGCAAAGUGGCCAAACUGUUUUAUUAAUAAAAAGACCUGAAACCAGG